CAUGCUUUGUAUUUUGCAGACUAAACGAGUGAGUAGACUGGAUAUCAUGGCUCCGCCAGCUAGACAAGCAUACCCACCAAACAUGACCGAAUCAGUGUCAUUUAAGGCAUAUUUGAAAAGAGAUGGCCAAGACGUGGAAGUACGGCGAUUUGGCAUUGAUGGAGGUGCAAUUACGAGUUACGUCUACCUCACAGGCAAAAUACAAGCAAUGUUUCCAUCAAUCCAGAAUGAUAAUUUUGUAAUUUUUUGGCAAGAUGCUGACAAUGACUAUAUCACUCUGAGCUCUGAUGAGGAACUGAUAGUAGCUUUGACAACAGCCGCCUCACAGCCUAUCAAGUUGUACAUCCAUCUCAAGUCAAACAAUGCACAAGGAAGCAAUAGCCAGGGGGUCCAACAUCCUGGUGUGUUUUGUGAUGGCUGUGAAGGUGGGGUAUUUGGCUACAGAUACAAGUGUGUCACUUGUCCAGACUUUGACCUGUGUGCUAAAUGCGAGGGCAGUGGCAAACACUCUGAGCACUUCAUGUUACGCAUGGCCAGUCCUAUUAACCUCUCAAGUCACCCGAAAGUGUUUCGCAAGCUGUUUGGACGGCCACACAAAUUCCACAGGCGCCAUGGCUGGGAGCGCAGUUUUAUGCAAGGCGAGUCACAGGGACCCAAUCGUUGCCCCUUCACCCAGCAUGAAAACGCUGCGGCAGAGGUGCCGGACAUGUUCGACUUCAGUGAACUGAUGAAAUUCAUCAAUAGUCUGGGUGUGGCUACCACAGCAGGAGGUGCUGAAGCUACUGCGAGCUCCCAAGCUCAGUCUACUGCGAGCUCCAAUGCUCAGCCUACUGCAAGCUCCCAGGCUCAGCCUAAUCGCCCACAACCCCAAGAGUCUCGCCAAACCACGUCCAACCCUAACGCUUAUCUGAAUGGCAUCGGCCAAGCUAUUGCUGCAUUCCUUGAUCCAUUUGGGGUGGAUGUGACUUUCGAUGUGCGAUGCAAGACUCCUGGAACACAGGAAACCGUCUGGAGCCUCCACCCAAGGCUCUCAGUCCCCGAGUACUCCUGCAACUCAACAGCAACCAGCAGGCUCUUCUCCUUCUGCCAGCUCCCAACUCUGAAGCUGCCCCUGCCACUCCUGCCGCAGUCAAUCCCAUUCUUGUCACAGUCAAUCCCACUCUUGUCGCAGUCAAUCCCGAUCCUGUCGCAGUCAAUCCCACUGUCCCGGUGAGCUCCCCUGCCCACUCUGAGACAGUCCGAGAGGGUUUCUCCCACUCCCUCUGGUGCUCGCAGGAACUCUGAUGAUUGGACUUUGCUCAACCGAGAAUCUCCAGUUCGUCUUGAGAUGGCUAUGGAUGUGGAA